UAUGUGACGCGUAGGAUCUGGCAACCCUGUAACUGCCCCAUGUGUUGUUAGCGCAUCGCUAGCCUAAAUGCUAUUACUGAUGUGUGUCAAGCUGGUCAUCUGACAGAAUAAAAAAACACAUACAUUAAUUAACGUCUGUAUCGUUUUCUAUUGAUGAAAAUGUCAGCGAUCUCAAUGCCAGAAACUACUAGAGUUUUGCUGCUGGAUAUUGAAGGAACCACGACGCCGAUUACGUUUGUCAAGGACAUUUUAUUUCCAUACAUAAGAGAGAAUCUCGAGGAAUUUCUGUCUGCACAUUGGGAAGAAGAUGAAUGCAAACAAGAUGUUCAUCUGCUCAAAAAACAGGUUGAAGAAGACUUGCGGCUAAAUAAAGCUUGUCCGAUUCAUACUGUUGACCAGACAGUACACACAGAUGAGGAGAAGGCAAUCCGUGAGGUUGUCGAUAACGUCCUCUGGCAGAUGGCUGCAGACAGGAAAACCACUGCUCUCAAACAACUGCAAGGCCAUAUGUGGAGAGCAGCAUAUAUCACUGGGAAAAUCAAAGGCGAGGUGUACCCAGAUGUGGUACCAGCCAUCAGGCGGUGGAGACAUCAUGGUCUGAAGAUCUUCAUAUACUCCUCAGGAAGUGUGGAUGCACAGAAGCUACUCUUUGGCUAUUCUGAUGAAGGAGAUCUAUUAGAUCUGUUUGAUGGGCACUUUGACACCAACAUUGGUACCAAAGUUGAAAGUAAAAGCUAUGAGAAUAUUGCAGAGAAGAUUGGCUGCCAACCAGGCGAAAUCCUGUUCUUAACCGAUGUAACACGAGAGGCAAAGGCUGCGGAGGAUGCUGGGGUGAAUGUGGCAGUAGUAGUACGGCCUGGCAACAUGGAGUUAACUGAAGAGGAGAGAAACAUUUAUAGAAUCAUUACAUCUUUCAGCCAGUUGGAACUGAAUAGAAAUGUUUGACAGCAAAGUUACUUUGGAUUAAUGGUGAAUGCUCAAUUAACAUGGAAAAUGUGCUAUUCUGCCGGACUGAACUCGGUGCUUGUUGUUUUUACACAAAAACUCAUCUUUGAAUUAAAUACAUCUACAGUUUCUUCUAGCGUUUUAUAUGCAGCAUUAAUAUGUAGCAUAUGACAAUUAAGUCAGGUUAGUUUGUCUAUACUCCCCUUACAAUUUUUUUUGUACAUUGUUAGUAUAGGAACUGUACCUUUCCUAGAACAAUGUAUUGUCAUUAUUAAAUGAUGUAAAAUUUUAUUCCAAAUUGACAUGUUUAGCUAAUAACAUUUAGACAUCGGCACAGGAACAGUGAAAUAAUUUUCAUUGGUCAUGUUUGUGUAUUUCUCCUCUAAAGCAAAUAACCAAUGUCAUAGAUGUAUUGCACAUCAUGCAAUUUGUAAAAAAUGUUGCAUAUAGCUGGUUUCAAAUUCUUCAAGAGAGUGUACAUGAAUACAAACUCCUCAUUUGUUCAUAUUUAAGUAGUUUUUAUUGUUGUACUUUUAGCUAUGUUAUUUUGUGUGUGUGAAACAUUUGUCCAACAAAGUUCACAGUGACCAUGGCUGUCAAGGUUUAUAUAUAUUGCCCUAUAUUUCAUGUCUCUUCUGAAAGCACAUAUCUUUGUGUUAGGAAGAAAAUUGAAGAAAAAAAUCUUAAUUGUUUUGAAUGCCACCUGCAUUCUGUCAGAUUUUAACUCUUGAUGAUAUUUUUUUUAACAUUGUUCAGGUGGUUAGGUCAGGUCCAUCUAAAUAGCUGCCACUCACCUCACAUUCUUCUGCCCAACAUCGCCUCACUCUUUACUACUCACUCUGCUACCCAUCCCAAUCUUGGAGGGGGCCCCUGUGUUUGGGCCACACCAAAUAUGCAUUCAUUAUCAUAUGAUAAUUACAUGUUAGUGCAAACUCAUGAAAUUGGUCUGAAAAUUCUCAAAAAUCUUCAUUUGUGUUCAGGGGUAAAAAAGCAACAUAUUGGUUAGGAGCUAAAUUAUAAUUAGUAUAUAAUCACAAAACCAUUUCCAUGUGAAUUAUUAGUUAAACUGUAUAUUGUAAAAAGUUUAUUAGUGUCUAUACACUGUUGAACUCUUUAAAUAAAAAAGCAUAGUUUAAAACUUAAAAAGACAAUGUGUGCCAAGAAAAACUGAUCCUGUAUUCAUAUCCUCUUAUUUUGUAAAUGUCUCUGAUGCUUGAUUCACAAAUAAACAUGAAACACAUCACAGUAA